ACCGGCCGGCUGGCACUCAGUCGCCUUUAGCGCCGUGCAUCUCCGAGUUAGUCAGUCAGUCAGUCAGUCAUUGAGUCAGUCAGUCGGUGAAUCGGGUCGCUCGGGUACGCGCGAAAGAAUAGUUAAGCAACCGGUCGCGCGGUCGAUCACGAACGAACCAAAGAAGUGCAGUGAGCAACCAUACCAAAUCGAUACCAAAAGAAGGAGUUGAGCCCGAACGAGGGAGGGAAGGACUCGAACUGUGGAAGGCAGGACUUCUUUCGCGAGAUGACGCGGUGCGGACGGGGCGAGGGUUCGGUCUGAAAAGAAACGAGAGGGUCGAACCGCCGGGGUGGUGUGCCACGGGGGGUGGUGGUGGUGGCGGCAGUGUUGCGCGUGUGUGUGAUAAGAUCGGCAAAAUAAAUCGGUCCACGGUGACGAGUGAAAGUAGAUCGGGCAGGCAGCCGGGCAAGAUGAUGAAGAAGGAGAAGCCGAUGAUGUCGGUGACGGCCAUCAUCCAGGGGACUCAGGCCCAGCACUGGGCACGUGGCAGCACCUGGCUGAACUUAGAUAACAGCAAUAUGUCGAUGUCGUCGAUGGGGCCGCAAAGUCCUCUCGACCUGAAGCCUGACACAGCUCUUAUCAACCCGGGGAACUUCAGCCCGUCGGGUCCCAACAGUCCAGGACCCUUCAAUGCUGGUUGUCACAGCAACCACCUGAGUACAUCGCCCAGCGGUCAGAGCAAAACGGUCACGCCUUAUCCGCCUAAUCACCCCUUGUCGGGCAGCAAGCAUCUGUGUUCGAUCUGCGGCGACCGUGCGAGCGGCAAGCAUUACGGCGUUUACAGCUGCGAGGGUUGCAAGGGGUUCUUCAAAAGGACCGUGCGUAAGGAUCUGUCGUACGCCUGCCGCGAGGAGAAGUCCUGCACCAUCGACAAGCGACAGAGAAAUCGCUGCCAGUACUGCCGGUACCAGAAGUGCCUGUCAAUGGGUAUGAAAAGGGAAGCGGUGCAGGAGGAGCGUCAGCGCACAAAGGAGCGGGAUCAGAGCGAAGUAGAGAGUACGAGUAGUCUGCACGCGGACAUGCCGAUCGAGCGUAUCCUCGAGGCGGAGAAGCGGAUCGAGUGUAAGAUAGAGCAGGGACACUUCGAGAAUCCAGUGUCGCACAUUUGCACACGUACAGAUCAACAAAUCUUGCAGCUGGUGGCAUGGGCGAAGCAUAUCCCGCACUUUUCGUCGCUGCCGUUGGAAGAUCAGGCGAUUCUGCUCAAGGCUGGUUGGAGCGAGCUGCAAAUAGCCGCCUUCUCCUACCGUUCCAUCGAGACGAAGGACAGUAUCAUUCUGGCAACGGGCAGCGCAGUACAUCGAAGUUCGGCGCAACAGGCUGGCGUGAUCACGAUAUUCGAUCGCGUUCUCUCGGAGCUGGUGUCGAAGAUGCGUGAGAUGAAAAUGGACAAGACCGAGCUCGGAUGUCUUAGAUCCAUUAUUCUUUUUAAUCCCGACGUGAAAGGCCUCAAGUCCGUCCACGAGGUCAGCCUGCUGCGCGAGAAAAUCUACGCUGCUCUGGAAGAGUACACCCGCGUGAAUUGUCCGGACGACCCCGGCAGAUUCGCCAAGCUGCUGCUUCGUCUGCCCUCCAUCCGUUCGAUCGGUCUCAAGUGCUUAGAGCAUAUAUUCUUCACCAAGUUAAUUGGCGAAGCGCCGGUUGAAAACUGCCUCUCGAAGAUGUUGGUGUCACCAUCGGAUCCUUAGGAGCAAAAGGUGUGCCGCGUUUUGGGGCACACCGAUAUGUAAAAAAGUAAAGGAAGGACGGCAAAAAUAUAGGACUUUUUUUUUUAAUUGUUUUUCCUCUACUGGACGAUAUAACGAUAAUGACGAUGACGACUACGAUGACGACUGCAACGACAGUUGAAGAUAUGACCGAGUCAAGUUUCGCAUUCGAGAUGCAACGAUUUCUGUACUACGCCGCCUUUUCCUGCGGUCACGGUAUGGACUAUCCGUGUGUCGAGCGAGGUGGAAUUUACUUACUUCUCUUUACCGCCCCCCUUUUUCUCCUCCACCUCUAUCCCAUUUCUGCCCCUUGCCCUGUUAUUUAUGUUUUUGUUAGAGCUUAGCGACUCUUAAGCCUGCCCUACGAUGUACUCUUCGCGAUUAGAAAUAUGUUAUAUAUAUAUAUUCUACUUUGUGUAAGCAAAUAACGCUUGAAAAUGCCAUUAUUGUCGAUGUACGAUUGUACAAUUUAUCAACUUGCUGGACAAAUUUAAUGGUUACAAAGUAGAAUAUGUUUAAACGCAAAGAGUACUUAAAUCAGGCUUUAUGUCCAGUGUAAGGAGGCGGUCUUACGGGCCGACGACGCCACGCACGUAAGAGAAUAUAGCAACAUAGAUGCGUGCGUACGCGUAUUUGUACAAUUUUUGUAUACGCCUACAUCUGAGCACAAUCUGAGCGCGGUAGACAGCUGCGAUCUGCAUAAUCCAGGUUUCGAUGUUGUCGAUCGAUAAUUAGUUAAUUUCUCGAAUCGGUUAAAUUUGUUACGAUUAGGUAGGCCUGACGCAAAUGCAAUCGAUGGAAAUUUACUUGGCUUUAUCCGGUGGAUAAAUAAGUGACGUUUAAUUAUAACGACGUUAAUUUAUGGAAAUCUACGUAGACAGAUAGAGAAUUAUCUGUACAAAAUAUUGUUAAUCACAAUCGCUGCCUCUUUAGCCUGCGACAUGUGUCGUGCCAUCAUCCGAGCGAAGAUCGUGCCCAACACGAUAUUUCGUGCCGAUCGAUCCUUGUUUCAGACAGACGUCGCGUCUUCGUCGGGCCUCAUCUUUCACAGUCACAGAAGUUCCUAGAAUUAUUAAGUUUCUUUUUUUAUUUUUGCACUUUUUGUUACUUUUCGGUCUCUCUCUCUCUCUUUCUUUUUUUUGUCUUUCUCUCGUCUCUCUUUUUCAACGUCGCGAGUUGGCCUCGGCAAACUUGUUUUCGACGGCGGAGGCACGACGAAGACGCUGUCUGUGCUCGCGAGUUCUCGGACACCUUUACAUUCCAACUCUGCCUCGAUUCGGAUCGUUACUUUAAAGAGCCACUAUUUGCAUAUAGAUAUGUAUACAUAACAUACUUGCAUCAAUGCGUAUCCCCUUACGCUCAGUGCGCAAGUUUAACGAUAAUUUAUUGUUUUGUAUUUUAGAGUAUAGGAGAGAAAACGAACUUACCAAUUCAUUAUUAAUUAAAUUAAAUAUGGUAGCCCUCUUUUUUUUUAACGCAGCAUGUGUCCGUGAUAGAAUAUCAGAAGUGCAACAAUCUGACGUCGGAGCGUGCGAACGAAGUAUUUACUUUUCAAGGUGUUAGGGUUUCCGUUUAUCUCUUUGUUUCUUCUUGGUAAAGUGCACGCUCGGAUAUAUAUACUCGGUUCUUCUUCGUUAAUCUUUAACAUUUAGACUUAACGAUAUGACAAACUCUUACGCGUAUACUUUGCAGUACCGGAAUGCUGUCUUCUGUGUCUGGUACAAAUUCGACAUGGCAGCAAAUAUAGAGUAGAGAGAGUAUAGACAUUUUCUUUUUGUCAUAGUUUACUGGCAGUGAGAUUUGUUUCCCCCCGGAGAAUGUUCAAUGCGCGCGCG